AUGCGCUUCACGGGGACGCCGUUCGGCGCCACAGCGACUCUGUUGUCACUGACCGCAGGCGUUGCCUUUGCGCAGAACAGCUCACCGUCUCUCCCCGUUGUCGAUCUGGGUUACCAGUUGCAGCAAGCAUCCGAAUUCAACGAAACCGGAGCUUACUACAACUUUUCCAACAUUCGAUACGCUGCGCCUCCGGUUGGUGACUUGCGCUUCCGUCCACCAACCUCGCCCGCCACCAACCGUUCCAGUGUGCAAGAUGGCUCAGAGCUCAGGAUCUGCCCACAGGCAAGUCCUGCAUGGUUGGCCAUCGCUGCCGAGUUCAUUCCGCAGUACCUGAUCUCCGGCAAACUGCCGAAUGUCUCCACUACCGAGCCUACCGUUGCAGAAAAUGUGACGAUUGGGCCGUCGGAGUCCGAGGACUGCUUAUUUUUGGAUGUUAUUGUGCCUGAGAAGGUUUUCAAGCGUGCCGGUAAAGGCUAUGGCGCCCCGGUUUUGGUCUGGAUCUAUGGUGGUGGCUACACCACAGGCUCCAAAAUUGCCUCAGGAGAUCCGCUUGGGCUGAUUGCGAGAAGUCAGACCGACUCGUCUGAUGGGGUUAUCUAUGUUGCCAUGAAUUACCGCCUCGGAGCUUUCGGAUGGCUCUCGGGGCCUACGUACCAGGAGGACGGCACUGCGAACCUCGGUCUGCACGAUCAGCGCUUCGCUUUGGAGUGGAUUCAGAAUAACAUUCACCUCUUCGGCGGUGACAAGAACCGCGUCACGGUGUUUGGCGAGUCUGCUGGUGGUGGCUCCAUCAUGCACCAGAUUACCGCUUUUGGUGGUUCUGCACCGUCUCUCUUCCAGCAAGCCAUUCCCCAGUCUCCAGCUUGGCUACCACUCACCUCUCCUUACGAGCAAGAGCAGUCAUUCCAGAGCUAUCUCAAAGAGUUGAAUGUCACCAGCCUGGCAGAAGCCCGGAACCUUUCUUCGGAGGAACUCAUGACCGCCAACAUCCGUACAGUCGGCGCUGCGCCCUACAGCACUUUCGUCUUCGGCCCUACAGUGGACGGCGACAUCGUGCCGCAGGACCCAAAGUACCUGCUGAGCCAUGGCCAAUUUGACAAGUCAGUACGGCUCCUCGCGGGCCACAACACGGACGAGGGCCUCAUCUUCACGCCGCCACUCACCAAUGAAUCCGAGUUCACCACCUACCUCCAGGGCAGCAUGCCCAAUGCCCGGCCUUCCAUCAUCUCACACAUCACCGAAACGAUGUACCCUCCUGUCUACGACGGCAGCCACGGCUACCGCGACCUGAUCGGCCGCGCGACGCUAGCACUGUCAGAGUUUGCCUUCACCUGCAACAACUUCGCACUCGGCAACGCCUUCCCCAACGCCAUGCACGGCUACGUCUUCGGCGUCUCCCCCGGCAUCCACGGCCAGGACGUGCCGUACACGUACUACAACCCGGACACCCCCCAAACUGAUGGAGGUAGUAGCCUGGCGUUUGCCGGUGCCGUGAAUGAAACCGUUGCGUUCGUGCUGCAGGACUACAUCACUAGCUUCGCUACCCACGGCAUCCCCGAGAGCGCUGUGGAUGGCCUGCCAGAGUUCCCGGUGUAUGGAAAGGAGGCGAGUGCUGUGAGAUUGACGGGAAGCGGCAUCAACGUGACAAAGGACGAGGUGGCGAAUGAGAGGUGCAGGUGGUGGCAGCUUGGUCUGUAUAACUGA